GCCCAUGAGUUUUUCAUUUGUUCCCAUAAUUAAGUAAUCCCAACUAAGUACUAGUUCCCUGCUUCUCAUCAUCACUUGAUCAAAGCUCUCUCUUGCUCAGAUCAAUGUCCACUGGAAGGUUGGAAGGCAAGGUGGCGAUAAUCACCGGAGCCGCCAGCGGCAUCGGUGAGGCGACGGCCCGGCUAUUCGUCCACCAUGGCGCUUUCAUUGUGAUCGCCGACAUCCAGGAUGAGUUGGGGGCUCAAGUGGCGGCCUCCAUCGGCGAGCACAGGGCCACCUACAAGCACUGUGAUGUCCGGGAUGAGAAACAAGUGGAAGAAACCGUUGCCUUUACUGUAGCAAAAUACGGCAAACUCGACAUCAUGUACAGCAACGCUGGAAUCCUCGGCCCGAUAGAGAGCAUUCUUGAUAUGGACAUUAGUGACGGAUUCGACAAAACAGUGGCGGUGAAUGCCCGUGGGGCGGCCAUUGCCAUCAAGCAUGCAGCGCGUGUAAUGGUGGCUGGAAAAGUACAGGGCUCGAUCAUUUGCACCGCUAGCACGGAGGCGACGCGUGCAGGGCGGGCGCCGGCUGCGUAUGUAGCAUCCAAGCAUGCUGUUUUAGGCCUUGUUAGGGCGGCAGCGAGGGAGCUGGGGCCGCACGGGAUUAGGGUCAACUGUGUGUCGCCCCAUGGAGUGGCUACGCCGAUGGUGUGUGAUGUGUUGGGGAUGGAUGUUGCAAGCGUGGAAGCUCGUUUUUCGGGCAUGGGUAACCUGAAAGGGGUUGUGUUGAAGAAGGAUCAUGUGGCGGAGGCUGUUCUGUUUCUUGCUUCGGAUGAGUCGGCUUAUGUAAGCGCGACGAAUUUGAGCAUUGAUGGGGGGCUUAGUACUAUGAUCUAAUGUUGGCUUUGAGUGUUCUAACUAGGAAUGGGGCAAUUCUUGCUACAAUAAAUUGGAUUAUUUGUAAAAUGGUAUUGUA